AUGGCACAAACUAAGCUUCAAGGAGACUAUGCUGAGCAGUACAAUGUUUUAAGAGAUUACGUACUUGAACUACAGAGGACAAACACAGGCACUACAGUCAAGUUGGAAGUUGAAAGUGAGACAAAUCCAACGAUUGACACAAKGAGAUUCAAGAGGAUCUAUGUGUGUUUAGGUGCUUUAAAGAAGGGAUUCAAAGCAGGUUUGAGAGAUUUUCUUGGGCUUGAUGGUUGCUUCAUGAAAGGACCAUUUCCUGGUCAAAUACUUACUGCGGUUGGGAUUGAUUCUAACAAUGGUAUAUACCCAGUUGCAUAUGCCAUUGUUGAGGCAAAAACCAUAAAUUCUUGGACAUGGUUUCUAGAAUGUCUUGGAGAUGACUUGGAUCUCAGCGCAAAUUCUAACUUCACAUUCAUGUCUGACAGGCAAAAGGGGAUAGUCCCUGCAAUUUCAAAGGUAUUCCCUUGCGCAGAACAUCGAUUUUGCCUACGACACAUCCAUGAAAACAUGAAACAUACUUGGAAGGGGAAGUUGUAUAAAGAUCAUUUAUGGAUGUGUGCAACCGCAACAACCAUCCCACAAUUUGACAAGGAGAUGGACAAAGUUAAAAAAYUUGAUAUUGGAUYAUAUGAGUGGUUGAAGAAGAUUCCCCCACAUCACUGGGCUAGAUCUCAUUUCACAGGAAGAAGUCACACAGAUAUGGUGUUGAACAACAUUUGUGAAGUAUUCAACCGACAACUAGUUGAUGGAAGGGACAAGCCAAUUAUUACAUGUUURGAGUUUAUAAGAGUGUACCUCAUGAAGAGAAUUGUGAAUGUCCAAAUGGUGAUUGACAAAGCUAAUGKCCUUCUUACUCCGACAGCAACCAAAGUGUUGGAACAACUGAAGAAAGAUGCUAUCGAUUACACCGUAAUUUGGAAUGGGGGCUACAAGUACGAGGUGAAUGGUCCUUGGUUGGACCAAUGUAUAGUAGAUAUUAGUGAGAAAACAUGUUCUUGCAAAAGAUGGGAAUUGACUGGCAUUCCCUGCAAACAUGCCAUGGCUACCAUAUGGGACAUGAGAAAUACUGGUGCAAAAGUGGAUAAUUUUGAAAAAUGGUUUCACCCAAUAUACUUGUUGCGUACGUGGAAGGCCAUGUAUGCCUUUAAAAUUGUUCCAAUUACUGGAAGAGAGAUGUGGGCUAAGUUUGAAUGUCCAACUAGACUCACUCCACCAACACAUCACACCCAAGUGGGUAGGCCCAAGAAGAAGAGGAUGAAGUCUUUUGGAGAGUUGACCGAAGCAGGAGUGAAGCUUAGAAGGGUUGGUAUAACUGUAAGGUGUACAAAGUGCAAGAAACAAGGCCACAACUCACGCACAURYAAAGGACAAGAACUUUAA